CUGAGGUCUGAGUGCGGCUGGAUUUGUGCAAAGCUGCUUGCCAAGGGAAAGGAAGAAAGGAAGCGUAAAAAUAAUUGCAGAGUGUCAUGGGACAGUUGUGCUGCUUCCCUUUCCCAAGAACCGAGGAGAGACUCUGUGAAAAGCAUGUGUUUGAGCCUGAUGAUGCUGAACUAGUGAGCCUCAGUAAGAGACUGGUGGAGAAUGCUGUCCUCAAAGCUGUGCAGCAGUACCUGGAGGAGACUCAGCUGAACAAACACAGGCAUGCUGAUGUUAGCCCAUCUGAGACUGAGGAAAACCUUAAUGACAAUGAACACAGAAAGUGAACUUUGUAGCAGAAGUCUCCUGGAGCCUUAAGAAUGAAGGCUGAAGGAGUGUGUUCAGAGUUUCAAGAUUACAGGAUUCAAAACAGCACAAUAACAAGCAAUACUGUGGAGGUCUUCAAUGUUUCCUUUAAAAAAAUUCAAAUCCAUCACUUUGCCACUAGCACUGCCACAGUGUAAUAACGAGUUACAGAAGCCUCUCUAAUUAACCUCAGAUUGCUGUGUGGUUAUGUGCACUGUUAGUAUUUAUGCACUCUCCAAAGAGCUGAUACCAGUAUCUUUAUCUCUCCCUCUUUACCGAAUCUUUCAUGCCAAUUUUAAACCUGGUUUUCUAUGUCAUAGAAUUGGGUUUGUUAAUUUUUACACUUCUUCUCCUUGAUGGCUACUGGCAUAAAAGAAUAUUAAAUGAUAUGCUAUCAGUGUAACGAGGACUGUGCUGUCUUGAAAAUGUCAAGACCCAGCUCUUACUGAAAAGAGAAAAGAGAUUUUUGAAGAGCAGACAGGCUCUUUGUUGAGCUGAUUGGGAUGGAAAUUCGGGGAGAUUAUAGAAGUCCUGCGGUAUCAGGAAAUACAGAUCAGGCUGUGUGACUGCUUGCCCCUUGUACUGACGGCAAGAAACGCACAUUGGCAAACAGCUACGUUUUACUACAGAUAUUCUCUGUCCUGGAUUUCUGUCCAUCUAAUUUUAUACGUGCAGGUUGACAUGUGCAAACUAUGCAGUUAAAAUGUUGCUGUGAAAAAUGUUUCCAUCAAAUCUUUUUUUUUUUCUUUUUCUUUACAGUAAAUAUACGCUACCAUUAGAACUAAAUUGCUAACUGACACAAAUCAGUUUAUAAAGUAUAGGUUUACACUAUGGUAGGCGGGCAGCCAAAAUAACAUCAUUACUUUUAAUUGUAAGUUUUCAAUGUAAGCACAUUGUAUCGUCUUUUUCCUUCAGGGGGGAAAGCAUGAUACAGUCUUCAUUAGGAAGGCUUUGAAUACAGAAACUGUGAGUCUAUUGAAGCAGCUCACUUGGAUAAAAGAGAUAUUGUGCAACCAGCAACACAGGAUAGAAUCCACAGAGAGAUGGCUGCAGCCGGAGCUCAGCCCCAUCACCAGCAGGCAGACUAACUUCAUUGAAGAAAUUUGCUCUUCACACAUCUAAAGGCUGGAACAGAAUGUAAUCAUUUAGCACACGGGGUAUAGCAAAGCAAUUAUGCCCUAUAUAUUAUUGGAUAUUCUAAUUUCAAAGUGUCUCCAGAAUGUUAGUGUGUGUGUGUGAAUUAUAAUUUUUUUCUUUCAGUUUCUAAUCAUUGUGUUUUUGGUUUUCCCCUCAAAUGUGUAAAUCCUCGCACAUUUUAUAUUUUAGUUGUAUAGACAUGCCUAAAUGGGAUUUUUUUAUCCCCCCCUCGUUCCACCUUGCACUUGCCUUUAUGUAUUAAUGUAAUUUGAGUCACAUUAAAUCAUGCUGAUACCAUAUUGAAAAAAAGAUGUGCAUUUGCAUAUACCAUGUAUUUUAAAUGUACAGUAUAUGUAUAAUAAUUUUGAAAGCUUUACAGUGCAGAGAACAAAAAUCCAAUAACAAAGUGUUAUAUUUUUGUCUCAAGUUUCAUGUUUAGAUACAUACUUUGAUCAGAGUUCACAUUUGCAGCUGAAUGCAAAUUCAUAAUAAAAGGUAUGUUUUACCAGUUAAUCUUCAUGUCAGAGCAAUGACUGAAAUAAAACUGAAAACCAAGAAUA